AUGCCGCACUCAGUUCAAAGAGAACUCGACGACGCAGCGGCCCCAGGGGACCUGAUCUCCACUGCCCCUGGCUGUUUGCCGGCUUCGACGGCAAACCCGACAGACAGCACAUCGACACACGCCAUGCGACAUCGACGAUCCAAUUGCGACAUUUCGAAAGGGGUCUUGCUGCGAGCUGCUCGGCCGACGACUCGGACACGGACCGACAGCCCAGAAACUCGAGCCCGGCAAUUUGGACUCGAAGCUGACCUUUUCCCUACUUGGACUCUCCCGCCACCGCCAUCUCCUCCUUUUGCCCUCUCAAACAGCAUCACACACUUCACAAUGGCCCGCAACAGCCAGAUCGCUCCCAACGUGGGCCGCCUCAGCCGCACCCAGGUCUUCAAGAAGAAGGGCGGCUACAAGCACACCCAGCGCAAGGGUGCUGCCAAGGCCGAGGAGUCUACCCCCGCCUUCAAGGAGGUCGAGGUCAAGGGUGCCAAGAACGGUGGCAAGCGCCAGGUCCCCACGAGCAAGGCCGCCCGCUUCUACCCUGCCGAGGACGUUGCCCAGCCCAAGGCCAGCCGCAAGGUCCAGCGCCCCACCAAGCUGCGCAAGUCCAUCACCCCCGGCACCGUCCUGAUCCUCCUCGCUGGCCGCUUCCGCGGCAAGCGCGUCGUCUUCCUCAAGCAGCUCGACAGCGGCCUCCUGCUCGUCAGCGGCCCCUUCAAGGUCAACGGCGUCCCGAUCCGACGGGUCAACCAGGCCUACGUCAUCGCCACCUCGACCAAGCUCGACCUGUCCGAGGUCAAGGUUGACGAGAAGCUCAACGACGCCUACUUCAAGCGCGACAAGGCCCCCAAGACCAAGGCUGAGAACGCCUUCUUCGAGGACCCCGCCAACAAGGCCGCCCACCCCGAGUCCAAGGUCGCCGACCAGAAGGCCCUCGACAAGGCCCUCAUUGGCGCCAUCAAGAAGGCCGGCCCCACCAUGGCCAAGUACCUUGCCUCGACCUUCUCCCUCUCCAAGGGCGAGCACCCCCACCUCCUCAACUUCUAG